AAUCACUCAAUUGCAUCCUCACAUAUCUGUCAAUCAUUGUAUUAUUAUUAUUUUCAAAAUAAAAUCUUAAAAAGAGCCUAUAAAAUAACCUUUAAAGACACACAAGUUGUAUCAUCCUCAAACAAACAGUCAGAACUCACUCACCACCAUGAGGCACCUCAUUGCACCUCCGUGGCCUCUCUUUCUUCUUGCCCUCAUCCUCCUCUGUUUUUUCAGUUCCGGCGAAUCCUCACCGUUCGGAGAGAAGAUUAAACUGGACACCGGCGGUCUAAGUAGACAGAGUUUUCCAAAGGACUUCUUGUUCGGAACAGCCACGUCAGCUUAUCAGGUCGAAGGCGAAACUCAUCAAGAUGGUCGUGGCCCAAGCAUUUGGGACGCCUUCGUCAAGAUUCCUGGGACUAUCGCCAAGAAUGCCACGGCUGAGCUAACAGUGGAUCAAUAUCAUCGUUACAAGGAAGAUGUGGAUUUGAUGAAGAAACUUAAUUUCGAUGCUUAUAGAUUUUCCAUUUCAUGGUCCAGAAUAUUCCCUGAGGGAACCGGUAAAAUCAACUGGAAAGGAGUUGAUUAUUACAACCGAUUGAUCAAUUAUUUGAUCCAAAAAGGGAUUACACCGUAUGCAAAUCUGUACCAUUACGAUCUUCCAUUGGCUUUGGAAAAGAAGUAUAAAGGCUUGCUUGAUAGACAAGUUGUGAAUGAUUUUGCGGAUUACGCAGAGUUUUGUUUCAAUAUAUUUGGAGAUAGAGUGAAAAACUGGAUGACGUUUAAUGAACCGCGUGUGGUAGCUGCCUUGGGUUAUGAUAAUGGUAUAUUCGCACCGGGUAGAUGCUCUAAAUCGUAUGGAAACUGCACACAGGGGAACUCAGGUACUGAGCCAUACAUUGUUUCCCAUCACCUUAUCUUGGCCCAUGCAGCAGCCGCCCAAAGAUACCGCAAAUAUUACCAAGCGAAACAAAAAGGAAGAAUUGGGAUUCUUCUAGAUUUCGUUUGGUAUGAGCCGCUUACUAGAAGUAAAGCAGAUUAUUUUGCAGCUCAAAGGGCAAGAGACUUCCAUAUCGGAUGGUUUAUUCACCCAAUAGUAUACGGAGAGUAUCCACAGACAAUGCAGAAUAUCGUGAAAGAUAGGCUUCCGAAAUUUACAGAGGAGGAAGUGAAAAUGGUGAAAGGUUCCAUAGAUUUCGUGGGAAUAAACCAAUACACAACUUAUUUCAUGUCAGAUACUCAUAACGCCACCAUACCUAAGGAGCUGGGUUACCAACAAGAUUGGAAUGCUACUUUCGGGUUUGCAAAGUUGGGGAAGCCAAUCGGUCCAAGGGCGUACUCUUAUUGGUUAUACAACGUACCAUGGGGAAUGUACAAAGCCUUGAUGUACAUGAAGGAACGUUACGGCAACCCAACUAUGAUUCUCUCCGAAAAUGGUAUGGAUGAUUCAGGCAACGUUACUCUAGCUCAAGGACUACACGACACAACGAGAAUCAAGUACUAUAAAGAUUACUUAACUCAACUUAAGAAAGCUGUGGAUGAUGGAGCCAAUGUGAAGGGAUAUUUCGCGUGGUCAUUGCUUGAUAAUUUCGAAUGGCUGUCAGGAUAUACUUCAAGGUUCGGGAUCGUCUAUGUUGAUUACAAGACCCUGAAGAGGUACCCCAAGAUGUCUGCACAAUGGUUUAUGCAACUUCUGAAACGAAACAAGAAAUGAUCUCGCAUGUGUUCAUGGAUGCAUUUAGAUUGUAAGGUUUGGAGUUGAUCGUUUGAAGAGUUUAAUAAAAGGUUCAAUUAGCAAAAAAAUUGCAUUUUGGCACUCUUACAACUUUCAUAAAAUUGAAGCUCAUAUGGAGUAUAUUUCAAUAUGUUAUAUUUUGUUUCAUUUCA